AUGAGUAGUGUCGCACAACUCUCGAUUGCAUUGACGUCGUCGCGCGAUGCGAUUGAAGCUUCGAUCAGAGGAUGCGGUUGCAGUUGCCGCCAAUGUUCCUUUCAAUCCCUCGGCGCCAUCGUCGCAAAUCGAGAAGAUGCCGAUUUACUCCCUCUGCCGGCCAUGAAGGACUCUCGAGAAUCGGUUCCAUGGUUGAGACAUACAUACCUCGUGGAAGUUCGUGAUGGUCGUUGGGUUCGUGGAUGGUGGAUGGAAUGUGUGAAGUUUUUCACGAUGCAAAAUCGAAAAAUAUUCUGUCGGAUCUGGUUGUGCCGCACGGACCCACCUGCGAGCCCUGCCUCGCCUAGCGUGGGCUUAAGCGACCACUAUCUUGGAGCAAGACACACUGAAAUCGCAGAAUCUCCAGAAAUUACUCCCGUACAAUCCACGCGAAUUUCCACCAACACCUCUUACAACAACAACUUGUUCUUCGAGGACCGGAAGUCAUCAAAUACAGUCAAGAUGGUAGGGCGCCCUCUACCCCAGCUCUCACCCUCGAAUUGUCGAAAUUGACGAAUCCGAAUUCCAACUUCUCUUUCAAUUCCACAAUAUGCUAAUCAAUGUGGGGGGAAUCAACAGUCUGACGCAGAAGACAACGCCUCCAAUGCCCCCGAUGUCGCGGAAGCCGAAGAAGUCGAGGUUUCUGGAGAUGCCACAUCCAAGGGACAAAUGUCAGUUCUCGACGCCCUGAAGGGUGUUCUCAAGCUCGCUCUCAUGCACGACGGUCUCGCCCGCGGUCUGCGCGAAGCUUCCAAGGCUCUGGAUAGACGUCAAGCACACAUGUGCGUUUUGAACGAGGCUUGUGAGGAGGAGGCAUACAAGAAGUUGGUCGUUGCUCUGUGCUCAGAGCACAAGAUCCCUUUGAUCAAGGUUCCUGAUGGAAAGCAAUUGGGCGAGUGGGCUGGUUUGUGUAGGUAUCACCGAGUCCCCAGGUCUGCGCAUUUACUGAUUCCAUCUAGGCGUCUUGGACCGUGAAGGAAAUGCGCGCAAGGUUGUCAACUGCUCCUGCGUUGUCGUCAAGGAUUGGGGUGAGGAGUCUCAAGAGCGAUCGAUCCUCCUCAACUACUUCCAAACCGAGCAAUAAUGUCAAAAUAAAAAUUGGACGGAUGGAUCUAUGGAGUUUUUUCUUGCGGCGAAUAGACAUUAGCCUUCGCUGAGCUUCUCUUUCUGAUGUAUUCUUACACAAGAUGCACAUUAUGAAGGGGUGGAAUGAACUUGGCAUAUGGGGUAUCAUACAAAGCAAUUUUAAAGA